AUGUCCUUCCUGGCGCAUUUGGACCUUGAUCCACAUGUGGCUUUCGCCGAGCAGCACUUCUUGUGGGUUCCAGGGCGUUUCCCUCGGCGCUUCACACCGGGGAAGCAAACUUACCUCGACACCGCGAUGAAUGGACUGAGAUACUCUGGCUACGUGGACGCUGUGAUCCAGCGCUGGGCUCUGGUGGCGGACGAAUAUCUUCGCCGUCGGCAGGACUUCGUGUUGCUCCGCUACGAGGCGGCUGGCGCAGGGACUGGGGGAAAUCACCAGGCCAUGGGGCCGACUUUGUGUCGGAUCCAGUGGGUGAAACGCGAAAGUUGGCGGAGGCCCUUGGUUUCCGCGGACCCUGGGAUGAGGAACGAGUACAUGCCGCCAGCCAGGUACAAUACCAAAGCUCCAGCAGACAGUUUCGACCUCCCGAACAGGCUGGGGCCGGCGUUGGAUGAUGCGCAACUUGCUGCUGCGGCUAACCAUCUGUGA